CCAUGCAGCGAAGCCUGUCUCACUGUGCGCGUUCGCGCGUGCGUGUUUGUGCGUGGGGAUGGUGAUGCUGCUGGUGGAGGAAGGGGCUUGUCUUGUACCUCCGCUGGGCGUGUUGACACGCAUUCCUGGCUCUCCAUCUCCAUGAUUAAACCGGCGGUCCGGAGGCGAGUCGCCGCGCAGCGUGCAGCAGCGGCCGCAGCAGGAGAAGCAGUCGCGGGGCAAUGAGAGUGGACCGAACCGCGGCAUCUCCACCAUGCAGCCGACUUGCACCGCCGGCCGUCCUCUCUUUUUUAUUUAAGGAUUGCACGAGCACCGGAGUGGCCGUUCGUGUGUUCCUCGCGGACGCGCGGUGAGCCGACCCGGCCGACGACAACACAGGCCAACGCCUCGCUGCAGCUACGUUACAGGGAAUGAAAACGCACCCAAGAUGGUCCGCAUCGCCAAGGCCCUGGGGUUGGUUAUCCUGUGCGUCGCCGUGCUCAUACUGUCGCUCAUCAGCUAUGUGUCCCUCAGAAAAGACAGUCUCUUUGGCUCCUCCAAAUAUUACAUGGGAGGCCCGAGGAUCAUGUUCCACGCAGGGUUUCGGUCUCAGUUUGCCAUGAAUUUCCUGGACCCCUCCUUCAUCCCGUUAACCAACGCCCUGAAUGAGGAGCUCCAAGGAAAACCGUCCAAAUGGAAGUUCAACAAGACGGCUUUUCAUCUGCAGAAGAAGGACAUCUUCAGCUACAUCGACAUUCCCACCAACUUCUCCCUCACGAAGAGCAGCGUGCGCGUCGGCCAGCUGAUGCACUUCGACUACUCCAGCCACAAGUACGUCUUCUCCAUCAGCAACAACCUGAAGUCCCUGCUGCCGGACGCCUCCCCCAUCCGCAACAAGCACUACAGCGUGUGCGCCGUGGUGGGCAACAGCGGCAUCCUGACCGGAAGCCACUGCGGCCCGGAGAUCGACCAGGCCGACUUUGUCUUCCGCUGCAACUUCGCCCCCACGGAGGUGUACUCCAAGGACGUGGGCAAGAAGACCAACCUCACCACCUUCAACCCCAGCAUCCUGGAGAGGUACUACAACAACCUGCUGACCAUCCAAGACAGGAACAAUUUCUUCCUCAACCUGAAGAAGCUGGAGGGAGCCAUCCUGUGGAUCCCGGCCUUCUUCCUGCACACGUCGGCCACGGUGACCAGGACCCUGGUGGACUUCUUUGUGGAGCACAAGGGGCAGCUGAAGGUCGAGCUGGCCUGGCCGGGAAACAUCAUGCACGACGUCAACAAAUACUGGAAGACUAAGAACCUCUCCCCGAAGCGCCUCAGCACGGGGAUCCUCAUGUACACGCUGGCGUCCGCCAUGUGCGACGAGAUCCACCUCUACGGCUUCUGGCCCUUCGGCUGGGACCCCAACACGGGCAACGACCUGCCUUACCACUACUACGACAAGAAGGGGACCAAAUUCACCACCAAGUGGCAGGAGACCCACCAGCUGCCCAGCGAGUUCAAGCUGCUCUACAAGCUGCACAGGGACGGCGUGAUCAAACUCAGCCUGACGCACUGCUCCUAGGCUUCUUUAACCAGAGGCGGGGGGGGGGGGGGGGGGGUGUGUGACUCCAGAGAUCCGCUCCCGCUGUGAUCCGCGAUGCAUGCUUAAGUGUUCGGGCAGUUUACGACGCCCCUCGCGUUCCAACAACACACACACACACGCCACGCUGCCCGGCGUCGUCACUCAUUUAUACUCAUAUAUUCGUGUGUGUGGUUGUCUUCGGCGCUGCUCUGUUGCUUCCACGGCUCUCCUUUGCACGGCUGCACGCUCACGACUGUCGGGGGAAGAGGGUGGGGGUUGAUCUUCCAGUUGGGUUUAACACAGUGUUGAUUGAGUCUGUGCACUGAAAUCACUGCCUAAUCUCAGGGAUGGAGUUAGUUCAGUGUUUUUCUGCAAUCAGAUCCAAGGCCUCACAGAGAGGUGCAUUUCCUGUUUUUAGACCUUUUUUUUUUCUUCCCAGUCUGAGGUUGUCAGACAAUCUGCACUGCUCUGGAAGAUGGUAUUUGUUUACCGUACCGUAUAUAUAUAUAGAUAUAUCUAUAUACAUCAUAUAUAUGUACUGUAUGUACAUACGUGUACUAGUGUGUCCUUUGCAUCCUGUCGACGUGUGAGACUGCCAGCUUAUAGUUUUUGGGAGAUUCUCUGACCUUUGGAAUAGUAUUUGACAUUCCAACAACAAGCCAUAAAUUCAUGGGCAGAACGAUAGGGUGUCAAUAAAAUACAGCAUUUAGAAAAUGGUACCGGCCUACAUUAGGUUUUGAGACUAUAAGAGAUUUAAACAUGAGUUCCAACAAGUCCAUUGCCACGCUAGCGGCUACAUUUGUGUCACAGAGACUUGAUUUUCAGAAUGUUGUGAAACAACACUUACCGCUGUUGUUACGGUAUUUUUAACAAUAUGGAUCACUAAACAAUUAAAAAAAAUUAUAACCACAGAGAUGCAGUUUUGAAAUAGAAAGUAAAAUCAAUUACAAAGAAACGGGUCAUUGAUUUUAAACCUUCCUUAUGUUUCCAUACAUGUAUGUAUGUACAAAUCAAGCAAGCACAUUUGUUGAGAGUUUUUAGAAAUACCCCCAAACAGCAGUAAGUUUUGCGAACACACGUUGAUUCCAAUGUAACAUCAACACAUGAGAGUCACGUAUUUGGGCUAAAGUUGCACCAGCUGUUUGUAAAUCCGUUCCUAAGUUUGUGUGUGAAUAACCUUCAACCUUAAAGUGACAACAAGACCUCAGGAACUCAUUUGGGCCAAGAAAGAAAACACAAAUUGUCCUUUUUACGGAGAUUUUAUGUAAAAAAAAUAAAAAGGGACAUAAAGUGGUUAUAGUGAAGUUUAGAUAUUAGAUCAGAUUUUCUUACCUUUUCUAUAGUGCCAGAUUACUUUUGCUUCAUUUUUUUCUGGUCUAAACUCAGUUAACCCACUGUAGACAAAAUAGAGGUGGCAAAUCUUCCCAAACUGAAGUAUUUCCUCAUUAUCUUUGUUCAGAAUUUAAAGAGUUUAUAAAUGUAUGACUUGGCUUCAUAUUAUGUUAUGUAGACGUUCCUCAACUAAUUUAGUAUUCAUGCAGUUUAGCGCAAUUGGCAGAUAAAA